GGCAGGGGCUGGAAUAGAGGCGGCCCUUGUCAGCCAUCUUUCAAUUGUGUUUGCAGCUAGCAGCUAGGAGAUACUGCUCUUACUGAGCUAUUACAGAGGGUUCUAAAGUUUGAGGAAGUUUGAAGUAACAUGGCUCGUACCAAGCAGACGGCUCGUAAAUCUACAGGAGGCAAAGCGCCCAGGAAACAGCUCGCAACAAAAGCAGCCCGUAAGAGCGCGCCCUCCACUGGUGGGGUUAAGAAACCUCAUCGUUACAGGCCAGGUACGGUUGCUCUUAGAGAAAUCAGACGUUACCAGAAGUCGACAGAACUUUUGAUCCGUAAACUACCUUUCCAGCGUUUGGUUCGUGAGAUUGCUCAAGACUUCAAAACAGAUCUGCGCUUCCAAAGUGCUGCCAUUGGUGCAUUGCAGGAAGCAAGUGAAGCCUACUUGGUUGGCUUAUUUGAAGACACCAACUUGUGUGCUAUCCAUGCCAAACGUGUCACAAUUAUGCCAAAAGAUAUCCAGUUAGCACGUCGUAUCCGUGGAGAGCGUGCUUAAAAUUGACUGGGGAACUCUCGCAUUCCCAAAAAUCUUUUCUUCCUGUUACUGGUAGUUAUAUGAAUGUUAGGUAUUUUUCCAUGGGAACUUAAGGGUACCUUAAGUGUGUGGCAAUGAUUUGGGGAGGGGGUGGAUGGGAGGGGAACAAAUCAGGAAUUGGCAAUUUUCAUUUUUCCAUUUGUGUGAAUUUUUAAUGAAUGGGGACAUAGCAUUAAUAGUAAAAAUAUUUCAUUGAACAAGUCUCAACAGUUAAAUUUAUAAAUAAACAGGUAAAAUUUCUCUGGACAAUGCCAGCAUCUGGAUUUUUUUAAAACAGAAGUUUAUCAGUGACAACUAAAUGGUGUUUGUAGCAUUUUUAUCAUAGAUUCAUUCACUAUAUACUUUUUCUAAGUUGUACAUGAAAGUACAUGUUUUUAAUGUUGUCUGUCUUCUGUGCUAUUCCUGUAAAGUUUGCUAUUAAAAUGUUAAACUUA